AUGCUCUACCAUGGGCCUAUGGCUGUGUACAAUGAACUGAUUGGACAAGGAUCACUCAAGGAAGAUGACUUUCAACGGACAAUUAUUGAAACGCUGCAGGACUUGCAUGAUCGAUUGAUGAAAUAUAACCCAGAGCCGAUCGUUAGAGAUGGUAAAGUAGCUCCCGAAAAAGAGCGUGGAUUUUUCUCCAAGCUCAGUAAAGUUUUCAAUAAGAAAGAAGAGGAGAGGUUAGCUAAGGAGGCAGAAGUAGCUCGUCGUGCAGCGAUCCCUAAAGGCCUGUACUUGUACGGCAGUGUUGGGACGGGAAAAACAAUGUUAAUGGAUCUCUUUUAUAGUUCACUGGAACGAACAGAUAAGAAACGUGUUCAUUUCCAUAAUUUUAUGCUUCAGCUUCAUGGGCGACUUCACAAGCUCAAGACGACAACCCAUCAACAUGAGGACCCUAUUCCUUUCCUUGCAGAUUCCUUAGCAAUGGAGAGUAGGAUCUUAUGUCUGGAUGAGUUCCAAGUGACGGAUAUUGCGGAUGCCAUGUUGCUUAGGAGACUGUUGGAGGAACUAGUCGUUGUGCGAGGCGUUGUUCUGGUCACGACAUCAAAUCGACACCCUACGGAGCUGUACAAGAAUGGAAUCCAACGUGAGAGCUUCUUACCAGGUAUUGGAGUCCUGGAAGAGAACUGUAUAGUUAAAUGUUUAGAUGGAGGUAUUGAUUAUAGAAGGGAGAAAAAGACAUUCUUCCAUUCAGCAAAACCAAAAGACAGGAGUAAACUAGCGUCUUCAUCUACAAUGCCUACAAUCGUCCAGGACAGUUCAACUAUUCUCCCCGAUACGCUCGUAGAUGAGAAACGAUUUUUCUGGCCUUUAGGACCUGAUACCAAAAAGGAAAUAGAAAUGUAUUUCAAAUCAAUUAGGAAUGGAUUCCAAGUUACUGAGAGGCGUAUGAACUUUUUGGGACGCGAGUUAGUAUUACCACACACAGCAGGACCGAUUGCAAUGUGUUCGUUUGACGAGCUUUGUGCUAAGUCGUUAAGUGCAGCAGACUAUCUCACUUUGGCAGAGAGCUUUAAAGUCUUGAUUUUGACCGGUAUCCCCAAACUCAAGCCCACGACUCUUCACCGUAAUGAAACACGUCGCCUGAUUACCUUAAUCGAUGCACUUUACGAAUCCCAGGUCAAAUUGAUUUGCUCCGCUGACGGACCUAUCUCUGAGAUUUUUGGUGGCGGUUCUGGAGCGCAUUCUAUAGAUGAAGAUCCUUCAACGAUGGGUCAGUUGACGCCUGCACAGCGCCAGAUGAUGGAUGAUUUGGGUUUGAAUGAUGUCUCACAAGUGAAGAAAAGCCCUAUAUUCUCGGGAGAGGAAGAGAAAUUCGCAGUUCAACGUGCGGAGAGCCGGCUGAUUGAGAUGCAAGGUCCAGGUUGGGGCAUGUAG